CUUAUCAUUUCCCUGGUGUCUGUCAGUGCGGAGGGCUGGGGUUCAGUAGCGGAAAACCCGCACCGAAGAAUGUGGACAAACUUUUUGUAACACACAAGCACAAGCCUUACGUAAAGCGAUGGAGGUGCAGGACCAGAACGCUGUGGGGAGAUGGGACGGGCUGUGCAGCCGAGACCCCGGCUCCAGGGCCGAAGCGUUGGAGACCACCUGCCAGGAGGUCAUGAGGAAGGUGGAAGCCAUCGAUCCUAUGACAGCCAUGGCCCCCUUGUCCUCAGGAAACCCUCCAAACAGCGACCUGAACGACAUCCUGGUUCACCUUCUCAUGCUCUCCAAACGGUGUCCUUUUGAAGACGUCAGAGAUCGGUGCGUGCAGCUUCUGCAAGACAUCCAG